AUGGCUUCAGCUAAUCCAGAUAUUUUGUAUAAAUUUGAGUCUAUGAGAACGAAAUGGAGACGCUGUUUUGAAGAAGAUAAGCCUGAUAUAGCAAAGACUGUUAGACACUUCUUUGGCCGACAGUUUUACAGAAAGCACAAGCAUUCUACCUAUGUGAUCGGCGAACUGCCCGAGGGAAUAUUCCGUUUAAAACCUACCAUGUACCAAAACCUUAAGAAGAAAAUUGAAGAGCAAAUUGAAGAGACGUUGCCUGACGUUCGACCGACAGCUGGUGCCACACUCCUAUGCCACAGUUAUACAGAACGAAAAAUGGUUUCCAGAUGA